AUGGCCAACAAUCUGUACUAUUUCUCCUACGAGGAAGACGAGAAACUCGUAAAUGCAAUUUCUCAACAUCCCAAUAUUUACGACGUACUGCACCCUCAGUACAAAAACAAAGAAGACAAGGUCGGUGUUUGGGCAAUGGUAUCUGAAGAGGUGGGAAGAUCAGUUGCAGACUGCAAAAGUCGAUGGAGGAAUAUAAGAAAUAAUUAUCGCAGAAGGAUCCGAAAACAAGUUGGAACUGGUUCUGUGACCUGUGCUCGCAAGAGAGUGAAGACGUGGCUGUUAGAGGGAAAACUCGCGUUUUUAAGAACUUGUACUCCAGAUAGAAAUAGAAGGUGUCUCUGCAAUAUGAACGGUGGCAACGAAGAAAACUCCUUAAACGGUCAAGAUGAUUUUGCCGGUUUCGAUAACUCUGAAGCUAGGCAAGAAAAUCCUGAAAUUACAGAAACAGAUUUCUUGCCUGAAACUCAUCUACCACAACAAACAUUUGCCAAUGACAGCUCAGUACAACAAAGACAAUCCCCUAAAUCUAAUAGAAAAAGAAUUAUUUCAAAACACAAACAUAGGUUGACAACGAAGAAACGAUCAACAAAAAGAGCUAUUAAGAAUCUUUUUGGGAAAUCCCAUGAAAAUGACGAUAUUAGUUUGUUCUUUAGAAGUGUCGCCAAAAGUGUACGUAAAAUGUCUCUUGACCUACAGCAGCAAGCUAAGGUCAAGACGUUGAAAUUGGUCUGUGAUUUAGAAUCUGAAAUGUGGACACAACGUCAGGGAACCUCUACGAUGAACCAAACGUCUGUCUCUUCGCUUUACGUAACUGCCUCUUCUAGCAACAACGCUGGGUCGUCACCAUCGUCGUCGUCCAAUGAGCAACCAUAGACAUGACCGUGCAUAUCAACAUCUUUCGCCCAACUCCAGGAUACAAGGUUGGUUGGCGAGAAGAAUCCGACAUGACCAUGAUAAUCAACACUUUUCACGUUCACACAUUGACAGUUAUUUGAUUUGAAAAUCUCUUCUGUGAUUAUUGUCAUUCCCAUGGAAUUUUGUACAAUAGCCAGUGAUCUUAAACCUUAUAGAUGAAUUAUGAAUUUGAUAUUCAAAGUGUUUUCUUCCGUUUCCAGAAGCUUUAACUGUUCUUUAGUUACUUUUUUAG